CGUCGGAGGAGCGCGCGCAUCGCGUCGCGUCGCGCAGGCUCUUGCGCACAGAGAGGACGGAGCUGCGACACGACGGCGAGGCGAAGAGACGCGUCUGUGACGGUCAGAGAGGAUGCUGUGAGGAGAGCAGACAAAGAGCCGGGCAACAGGGUGAAUAGAUUUUUAAAUAUAUAUAUUUAUAUACGGUCACAAUGAGCGCGGUGAAGGCUGGCAUCGAUGGCAGGGUAGACAGCGGCAGAGGAGGCUUCGCUGACGGCAGCAGCAGCGUCGGUGGUGGCGGCGGUGGAUGCGGAUCCCCGAGGCUCCAGCAGUGCGCACAGCCUCCAAACAACAGCAACAGCAGGACCAAAGACACCAGAUAUUACCACCACCAGCAGCAGCAGCUGCAGCUGCAGCAGCAGAAGAACCUCGGAGGAUCCAUGUGGAAACAACCAUCCCACUGCGAACCAGCCGACGUCGUGCGACGGGCGCUGGACUUCAAGUGCCAGGGCACACAGUGCUACAAGGAUAAGAAGUACCGGGAGGCGAUCGGCAAGUACCACCGCGCUCUGCUGGAGAUCAAGGGGCUGUGCAGGGUGCUGGGAGACCCGGACCCCAGCUCCAAGUCCCCGUCCUGCCUCCUGCCCACCACCAUCAGCAAGUUCACCACACUGACAGAUGAGCAGAAGGGGGCCAUGGAGAAUGCAGAGCUGGAGUGUUACAACAGCCUGGCCGCCUGUCUCCUGCAAAUGGAGCUGGUGAACUACGAGCGGGUGAAGGAAUACUGUUUAAAAGUGCUGCACAAGGAGGGGAAGAACUUCAAAGCUCUGUACAGGUCUGGUGUGGCCUACUACCACCUGGGAGACUUCCAGAAGGCCCUGUACUAUCUGAAGGAGUCUCAUAAACAGGAGCCAUCAGACACCAAUGUCAUCCGCUACAUCCAGCUGACGGAGAUGAAGAUCCGCAGGAAGGCCCAAAGGGAAAAGAAGGAGGCGACAUAAACACAGGCUGGUGUCGGGCCGGGUGACUUCUGAUCAGCUGUCGUAAAUUUCUGCCCUACUUUGUUCCACUCAGACCAAACCCAAUCGUACGGCGUGAAACAGUUUCAUGUUAGCUUUUGCUUUGCACAGCAUCAGAUGGCCGGUUAUAUUACUGACCUCCACUAUUGUGAGCUUGAGGCUGGUUUUUUUUUUAUACAUAAAACAAACUGAUUUGGGGUUAGUUUUUACUCAAACUACAAAGUGAUGCACUGCCAGUCCAAACACUGCACACACAGGCCAACACUUGUGACAAGUACAAGAACAGCACGCAGCGUGAAUCCAGCAUGUCUGCAGGUGAUUGUUUACAUUUAUGUUUAAAUUAGCACCGUCCUAUGCACAAGAUGUAUUUUACAGGGCACGGCAUAAGAACACAGUUCUUGUCUGUUAGUUGUCUGUGGUUUUUUGAAUUACUAUAAUCUAUAACAUUUUAAUUAUUUUAUUUUAUAUAAAACUUUAAAUUAUGUCUGAACAAAAGGUGCUUACACCGAGUGGUUUUAUUAAAAAAGAUGCAUUGAGACAGACUUCAGAGAGCACACAGUUGCCAGUGGCAGUAUAGGGUAUACGGGACAUAUCACAUCAUGUAAAUAGGCUACGUAAGAAGAAUUACAGAAACAAAUAUGAAAAAACAAGCUACUUGUGUAACUGAACGCCAAAACACAGCACUUAAUUCAUUCACAGCAUUUCCUAUAUCAACAAACACUAUAUGUUUACUGUAAAGGUGUGUGUGAAAUAAACGUGUCUGUUGAUUGAAACAGUCUCCAUUGAUUUCUUCAUUGUAUAGGUAUUAAAAUUUGUUGGGAUCUACAACUGGAUUUUUUAAGAUUCAGUGAUAGUAUGGGAUUUAAAUAGAAAGAUAUACUAUGGCCAAAGUGCUUUUCAUUUUUGCAAAAUAACAAUAAAAAGCUUCUUUGUUCAG